CCCUUCAAUGGGUCCGUACAAGGCCUAGCUCGAAAGCUAGCCAAUCAACGCAUAGGAAAAACAAAUCCUACAAUUCGUUAAGGAAAGCGACAUUGUAAUAAAUAAAUGUUUUUUUUUCGUUCAUAGUUCGUGUAUUAAUGAGUUGAGCCUGAAGAUCAUCGCGGAACUGUGUUUGAAGGUACAAUGGCUUUAGUGUCAGCAGACACCAAAAUCGCAGAGUUUCUGAAUGAGCUGCAUCAGCUCAUAAAGCAAACUCAGGAAGAGCGAUCGAGAAGUGAACACAACCUUCUCAACAUCCAGAAAACACAUGAAAGGAUGCAAACAGAGAAUAAGACUUCUCCAUACUAUCGGACAAAACUGAGGGGUCUUUACACUACAGCUAAAGCUGAUGCUGAGGCUGAAUGUGGUAUACUUCGCGGGGCGCUUGACAAGAUUGCCGAAAUUAAAUCCCUUCUGGAGGAGAGACGGAUUGCUGCCAGGAUGGCAGGGGUGUACAGUGACACCGACACACCCAGAAAGACCAUGCGCAGGGGUGUCCUGAUGACCCUGUUACAACAGUCAGCCAUGACACUUCCUCUCUGGAUCGGCAAACCUGGCGAGAGUCCACCUCCACUGUGUGGCGCUAUACCAGCAAGCAGUGACUAUGUGGCUAAACAGGGCGACAAGGUGGCGGCGCGGGUGAAGGCCGUGGAUGGGGAUGAGCAGUGGAUUCUUGCCGAAGUUGUCAGCUACAAUCACUCCACCAACAAGUAUGAAGUGGAUGACAUUGAUGAAGAGGGUAAAGAGAGACACACAUUGAGUCGAAGAAGAAUAAUUCCUCUUCCGCAGUGGAAAGCAAACCCAGAGACGGACCCCGAGGCCCUGUUCAGUAAGGAUCAGCUGGUGCUGGCCCUCUAUCCACAGACCACGUGCUUUUACAGAGCUCUGAUCCACACGCCGCCACAUCGGGUGAGCAACAAGAAUGAGUUGAAGUGUAGGAUAAGAGGCUUCAGAGAUGCUUGUAGUGUUGAAGAUUUGUUAUCACUCUUAAUGAUGCUACAGGGAGCCCCAGGAUGACUACUCGGUUCUGUUUGAGGAUACAUCUUAUGCUGAUGGCUAUUCUCCACCUCUCAACGUCGCUCAGCGAUAUGUAGUGGCCUGCAAGGAGAACAAAAAGAAGUGAUAGAAAUAUACGAAAUGGGAUUUAUUUGCAAAAAAGAUUGUUGACUGAAAACAGGAUAUUGAGCUUUUUUCCCCAUUUCUGUUACCACGCACAUAGUAUUGGUAUAUUUUAUACUGCAUCUUUUUCUAUGAUGUUUUUCCGAAUCUGAAUGCAAGGAGACCAACUGCAACUGAAUUGGGCUCAAGUAAUAAACUCUUUACAUGUUAAUUAAAGGUACACUAAUCACA